AUGACUGCUCCAGCUUCGCCUCCACUCUCCACCAGCCAUGCCAGUACGCCUUCACCCACCCUGGAGGAAGGCCGUCGCCACCAGGUGCCCUCCACUCUUGUGACCACCUCGACUGGGCCCAAGGUUUCCUCCUCGCCUCUCACCACCUUGGAGAUGGCCAAAAGCACUGACACGGGAUCGCCCGUUAAGCCGAUCCCCACGCUUGAUCCCCGUUCCACCGUCUUCAAACCUCUUAGACCCAUAGAAACCCCGGCCGCCAAGGUGUCCACUCAGUGGGACAGUGUUACCAAGGACCUUGCGGCCAACGGGGACCAGUUUGUCCGCGGCACUCCCCCGCGUGCCCGCCUGUCUCUUCAGUCCGCUGCGAGCACCGUCAUCGACACUCCUCGUUCUCAGCGUUCCCUGGACGUUCACACGCCUUCCACCGACUUGACCUGGGCCUCGUCGGCCUUUACCGGUCGCACCUUGUUCACGCCGCCGAGCAAUCUCGGCUUUGACUCGCCACGCAACAACCUCGGCGCGCCGAUGGCGUUCAAAACCGAUGCGCCUGCCCAGGAAGAGCUUGGCCGUUUCCUCAUGAUCAACAACGUUCCGCGUGGGGCCAACGGCGAGGACAUCAGGCAGAUCAUCAAGAACAUUGCUCCGUACAGAGCCAUCAUCGUCAAGCACCUGCGCACCAAGGGCUGGGUCUACGAGAAGCUCCAAGUCAGCAGUAUUCGCUUCGGAGCCAACGACCCACUGGUUCAGCUCCACUGUAGCACCAUCUCGUCCGACGUCGUCCGCCAGAUCACUGGGUCCGGCGAGGAGUGGGAUCAGGUGUGGCAGGCCUCUGAGGCAACGGUUAGGGUUCAGAUUCACGGCCCGCACGGAGUGUCCAUCGUUGGCAUGGAGAAAUGCCUCUCGACCAUUGGUGACCUCAAGACCUUUGCCCCUCACGACGCCAGUGGCAAAUCUUUCUCUGCCGAGUAUUAUGACACGCGUCGCGCCGCCGACGCCAUUCGCGUUCUGAACAACCAGGCCAUUGAGGACGGUGUUCUCUCGGUUCGCUAUGCCAGUGAUGACCCCUUCCAGAGCGAACCCCUUGGCGGUCGUCGCGACUACCAGUCGCCUUCCGCAUACACUCUCGGCUCGGCGGCGUACAGCCACAGCCGCACCAGCAGUGGAGCCUACCUGCCUCCCUCAAGCAACAACCCUACGUUCAAUGCGUCCGAGCCGUCCUCGCCGUCAGCUCGCCACGACCUCGCGUCCCGCUUUGAUGGUCUCCGUGUCCAGAGUGAUGUUUCGCAAGUGAGGAACGCUCUUGCUUGGGCUCCACCUACCGGGCCCGAGGUCGACGACAUGUACCCUCAUGAGGCUCCGCCCAAGGUUAGCCCCAUCUCCCGUCACCUUUCCGACCCCGGAGCUCUUCAAGGCAUGCUCAACCAGAUGGACCACAAUGCUCGCGCUCGCCGGCGCCAGAGUGUUGGCUGGAGCACCCCCGACCGCCAGGCUAUCCCUCCUGAGAACCGCGUCUUCCCUGAACGCAUCGUUGCUGGCUUCGAUACUCGUACCACUGUCAUGGUGAAGGAUGUGCCGAACAAGCUCUCCCGUCAGGAACUGAUCAACAUCCUGAGCGAGGUGGUUCCGAACGAGUUUGAUUUCGUGUACCUCCGUUUCGACUUCAACAACCACUGCAAUGUCGGCUACGCCUUUGUCAACUUUACGUCUGUCAAGGCGCUCUACACUUUCAUCCAGUCCAAGGUCGGCAAAAAGUGGAACAUGUUCUCGAGCGAAAAGGUCCUUCAGGUGUCGUAUGCCAACAUUCAAGGAAAGGUGUCGCUUGUCAACAAGUUUAGAAACUCUGCUGUCAUGGACGUCAUUGAAGAGUGGCGUCCCCAGAUCUUUUACUCCAAUGGUGCUCUCAAGGGCAAGCCUGAGCCAUUCCCUGAGGCCGACAACCCUUCGGCGCGCAACAGAUCCACGGCGGCGCGUCUGUCGUUCCUUUCAGGCUCCGUGACCCGCGAGUCGCUCAGCAACGACCCUUCCGCAUAUGACUACUCGGCUUCCUCGUCCCACCACGGCUUCUGA